AUGAAUCCAGCAAACUUCGCGAACGAAAUCUCCUGGCCAAAGGUACCUUCUGAGCCACUCCCUUCCCUAGUCUCCACAAUCCUCUGGGUGGGCGGUGCCUGUAUCGUUGGUUAUGGUGCAUACAGCGUCUACAAGUGCUGUCAGUCUAAAGCAGAUUGGGGAUUUUUCCGGGCAAACCUAGAAGAUCGGAGACAAGGACAACCCCUGGAUCCGGUACAAUUGCCAAACUACAAUGCGACGAAUCAAUAA